AUGCUGAAGCGGGGAUUCCAGGCAUUGCAGGCUCCACUUAGAAGCUACUCUUCGGAGCCUAUCCGACGGGUUGUUAUGAUUCCAGGCGAUGGAAUUGGACCUGAAAUUUCUUCGGCUGUUCAGAAGAUCUUCGAGGCGGCCAAGACGCCGAUUGAAUGGGAUCCAGUAGAUGUGACGCCAGUCAAAGGACGUGACGGUGUUUUCCGUAUCCCCAACAGAGUUAUUGAGCUCAUGCAUGAGAACAAAGUCGGUCUUAAAGGGCCUCUGGAGACUCCCAUUGGAAAGGGACAUAGAUCUCUUAACUUGGCUGUUAGAAGGUAAGGUGGUUUAAUUUUUUUUAAUGGUUUUUAGACUUUUUCGUUGUCUCUUUUCACAAUUUAUGAAGAUUUGAAGUAAUACUUUUGGACUUUCGAUGUUAUCCAUGGCAAUUUCAGAGAGUUCAACCUCUACGCAAAUGUCCGUCCCUGUCGAUCUUUGGAAGGACACAAAACGCUUUAUGAUAACGUGGAUGUAGUUACGAUCCGAGAGAAUACUGAAGGAGAAUACUCUGGAAUUGAGCACGAGAUUGUUGAGGGUGUUGUUCAGUCCAUCAAGUUGAUCACCGAGUCCGCUUCUCGCCGUGUUGCCAGGUAUGCCUUCGAAUAUGCUCGAAGCAACGGAAGAAAGCUGGUUACAGCUGUACACAAAGCCAACAUUAUGCGAAUGAGUGAUGGUUUGUUCUUGAACAUGUGCAGAGAACAGGCCAAUGAAUUCCCCGAUAUCAAGUUCAAGGAGGCUUAUUUGGACACAGUCUGCUUGAACGUAGGUUUUGUUUUGACUUUUUGUUUAUCAUUUAGGAUCAAGCCGGUAGAAUGUCUUCUUUUGAACAUUUAUUAUUACCUAUAAUAGAUGAAUAUGAUUGCUUUUAUAAUCAUUUUGUUUUCAGAUGGUCCAAGACCCCAGUCAAUACGAUGUUCUAGUCAUGCCCAACUUGUACGGAGAUAUUUUGUCCGAUCUUUGCGCUGGUCUCAUUGGAGGUCUUGGUGUUACACCCUCAGGAAAUAUUGGAGAAGGAGCCGCUGUCUUUGAAUCUGUCCACGGAACGGCCCCAGAUAUUGCCGGCCAGGACAAGGCCAACCCCACUGCCCUUCUCCUCUCCGCCGUCAUGAUGCUCCGAUACAUGAACCUUGACUCCUAUGCCAACAAGAUCGAGAAGGCCUGCUUCGACGCCAUUGCUCAUGGAGAUCAAAAGACUGGCGAUUUGGGAGGCCGAGGCACCUGCUCUUCAUUCACCGAAGACAUCUGCUCCAGAAUACGCAACUCGGACUAA